UAAACCGUGGCUCUCUAACAUUUUUUUUCACACCCACUUUUUAUUUCUUCCUCAGACAGUCAGAGUGUGGGACAGAAGCAUCAAGUCCAAUCUGGCAACCUGGGAUGGAGGUUUGUAAAGAGUUAAACGCUUGAACAGAGCUGCUGAGCUCCAAAUCUGCUGUGUGAGUGAAAAGACUUCACAGAGGAAAGCUUGCAGCUCUCCACCGAGCACCACGGAGCUCUAGCAGCACAUGAUGGCACGUUUUCACCUCUGACUCCUUCAGGGACAGUGAAGAGAACUCACAUUACAUCAUCUCACAUCACCUCCACAGCACUCUGUAACAAAAUGCCACCACGCUGAAGCUCAAGUCAGCUAACUGAAGACAGAUUCACUGUCCCGGGGUUUUACUCCUGUUCAUCAUCGCUAAUUCUUCAGGUUUAUUUCUUUCUUUUUCUUCAGAGGAACCAGUGUGAGGGAGCAGGAACUCUUCUUUCACAUCUUCACUGCUCUGAAGGUUCUACCAGUAAUGGCGUUUCCCAGUGGCUGUGUAAGAAAUCUGGAUUUUCUCCACCUUGUCUGAGACUCUGGAGAAAAACAAAAGCAUCCAAAAUGCGAAAACUCCAAACCAUCUUGCUGCUGCUGUGUUUGCAUAAGGUCACAUGCAGGCGUCUGCAGAUUCCCGAGCUGGGCAUUAUGGACUGGGGAGAGAGCGAUAACGAGGGCAACCAUUCCCCCAAAGGACCAAGCAGUCGCACGCCAAACCCUCUGCGCUUGUUCUCCAGAGGAUAUCGUGCUCUCAAGAGCAGCAUGAGACAGAUGACAUAUUUGGAAAAAAUGGAGGACUCGUGGGACUGGUUAUCUAACCAGACAGCUGUUGGGGAAGCGCAAAGCAGGACUAAACGCAGACCCAUUGUGAAGACGGGAAAGUUCAAGAAAAUGUUUGGCUGGGGUGAUUUCAACUCCAACAUCAAAACCGUGAAGUUGAACCUCCUGAUCACCGGGAAGAUCGUGGACCACGGAAACGGGACCUUCAGCGUCUACUUCCGGCACAACUCUACCGGCUCAGGGAACGUCUCUGUGAGUUUGGUUCCUCCAUCCAAAGUGGUGGAGUUUGAAAUGACACAGCAGAGCACACUGGAAACCAAGGACACUAAAUCCUUCAACUGUCGAGUCGAGUACGAAAAAACGGACCGGAACAAGAAAUCUGGGAUGUGCGGCUUAGACAUGUCGAAAACAUGUUACCAGGAGCAGACGCAGAGUCACGUCUCGUGGCUGUGCUCCAAACCAUUUAAGGUCAUAUGUAUCUAUAUCUCUUUUAACAGCACCGACUAUAAACUGGUGCAGAAAAUAUGUCCUGACUAUAAUUACCACAGUGAGACUCCGUACGCCUCCACAGGAUAAUCUCAGAACCUGAAUGAGACUCGAACCUACCUGGGUCAAACACACAGCCCAGACCAGACCAGACCAGACCUAUUACUCGCAACCAAACCAUCUCCUGGAUCACUGCUACUGUACAGCUCCUCCACAGUGUAAAGCCUCACCCCAAACCUGACAGGUCUAUCACAACUUCACAACAAUCCUGUGUGUUUACCUGGAAUCCAGAUCAUGGUCCAAAACCACAAACAAUCUUGGCCCAAACUCAUAGGCUGACACGCUCCUUACUUUGACCCAAAAAUCAUCAAAUUAUUUCCGUAUUUCAAAAAACAAACUCUGAUCAAACGUGGAAGGACUCGCUCCUCACCUCAGCCCCGAACCGUCUUUCAGCCCAAACUUACUGUCAUGAAUUUAUCAAAACAUCUCACAGACCAAUCUGACUUGAACUCAUGGGCUGACUCGUGCCCAGACUCGGCCCACAUUCACAGCCCAAACUUUAAGUUUCUCAGACAGCAGUGUUGUUUAAACACCUGGGGUGUGUCGGUCCUAAGCUUGGCUGAAAACUCUUCUGAGGAAACCAAAUUUCCUCCACGGUUUCUGGCCCAAACUGACUCGCCCUGCAGCGAUGAGCUCCUCCACAUGUUCUGCAUAUUUAAUGCCAAUUAAAAAGCAGUCCAGAUGUUCCACAUCAGGCAACACCGUUAGCAUUUGCUUCGGACAAAAGUCUGUUUUUCACAGGAGUGAAACGGUGGACACGUCCUGUGAUGUAAUUAAGUUUGAGAUUUGUUUACUUUAAAGGCGUCAUGUGAAACACCGAGGCGUUUCCAAUGCGGGACAAUAAAGAGCAUCCCAGCUACAGAGGACAAAACACACAUGGAAUAUAAAUAGAACUGUUUAGGUGUGUAUGUGUCUGUGUAAGUGUUCUAACCCCAUCAGUACUUCUGAUUCUCAUUGUAGUGACGUCGUAAUUCACACCAACACGUGACAUUGUUGGCGAAGCUGUCAGGAUUAGCAUUGUGAUCUGGUUCAAUCAUCUUUUAGGGAAAAAAAAAAAGUAAAAAACAAAACUCCAGGUUGCCCCACGAGAGCUCUAUUCAUCGGACAGGUUGGUUUAGUGAAUCUGGCAGCCAAUUAACGACACUUUGUCAUGGUCUUGCCACAGUGCUCCGCAUUUCCAGGCUCUAAUUAUCAUUAAUUACACUGGGAAAUUUCACUCGCUCAUGCUAAAUGAAGGGACUGAAGCCAAAAAAUGAAAUUUAACCUGUCAGUCAUGUCAGCAGUCUGGGAGAAAAAGAAAAAAAUCAGAAAUAAGUUUCAAACUUACAAACAACACCAGCUUUUCUCCUCUGGAGUUUCUUUUCUCUUUUCUUCUCUGAACAUCUGUUAUUUACCAGAAAACCAAGUACCACAAUCGCUACACAACAAUUCAGUUCAUGUUGUUUAGACCAGAGAAUCCAACCGGUUAUUUAGAAAUCAAGUUUCAGAGACGUUCAUGUAUGCUGAAGAGCUAGAACAUCACGUGCACAGUAUAAUCAUCAUAUACUCAUCUGGAAUUUAUUUUAAAUGCUUUUGAAAGUUCUUAUUUUAUUGUGAUUACACGAGCAAUGAAACACUCAAACUUCAAAUUCAUGCAACCAAAAAUUUCGAUUUGGAAAUUUGGAGCUGAAAAACAAUUAACGCUCCUUAAUCCCCAAAAAAUUAAAAUAAAUAAAUAAAUAAAUAAUUCUGUUUUACAUAAUAUUCUACUUUCCCCUGGUGUGUUUUAGUGAGUUAUUUACAAUGAAGCUGUACUUUUCUUUAACUUGUACUGAAAUUUCUAUUCCUUCUCCUAGUCUAGAUAUAACGAGUAUCUUUACCUCAUUUUGGUGUGGACUGUAAAAGAAAUCGAUAUGGAUUCAGCCUCGAUAUGGACUUCCUCUUACUGCUGUAUUAUUUUCUGAGACGUUCUUCCUGUACCGUCUGAUUUCUCUGUAAAAAUAACACACAAAGCAAAAAAAAAAAAAGUCAUUGAUGUUCAUGUAGAUGUUCGGGUGCCGUUACGACGAAUCAAAUUCCUAUGCGUUGUGUUUGUUUUUAAUACCAUC